AUGGACAAGAUCAUGAACGGAUGGUUCUCGGAGGCCGGUCACCCCAUGUGGCCCGGUCAGGCCAUGAGCUUGGAAGUUGAGGAGGUCCUCCUCUCCCAGAAGUCCGACUACCAGGACGUUCUGGUGUUCAAGUCGAAGACCUACGGCAACGUGCUCGUCCUCGACGGCGUCAUCCAGGUCACCGAGCGUGACGAGUUCUCCUACCAGGAGAUGCUCGCUCACCUCGCCCUCUGCGCUCACCCCAACCCCGAGCGGGUGGUCGUGAUCGGUGGUGGUGAUGGUGGUGUCCUCCGUGAGAUCGCCAAGCACGACUCCGUCAAGGAGAUUACCAUCUGCGAGAUCGACAAGGUCGUGAUCGAGGCCGCCAAGAAGUACCUGCCCGGUACCUCGAUCGGCUACACCGAUCCCCGCGUGACUGUCCACGUCGGCGACGGCGUCAAGUUCAUGGAUGAGCACGAGAAGCACUUUGACGUCAUCAUCGUCGACUCGUCGGAUCCCGUCGGCCCGGCCGAGUUCCUCUUUGAGAAGCCCUUCUACCAGUCCAUCAAGAAGGCCCUCCGCGAGGGUGGCAUCGCCGCCACCCAGGCCGAGUGCCUGUGGCUCCACAUGGACAUCAUCAAGCGCCUGAUGGUCCAGUCCAAGGAGAUGUUCAAGCACGCCGAGUAUGCGUUCACCACCAUCCCCACCUACCCGUGCGGUCAGAUCGGUUUCGCCAUCCUCUCGGAGCGCGACCAGUCGCCCAAGGAGCCCGUCAGGACCCUGCCCGCCGACAAGCUCAGGUACUACAACGAGCACGUCCACUGCGCCUCCUUCGUCCUCCCCGAGUUCGCCCGCAAGGAGCUCGAGCAGUAA